UUGUAAACAUAAACUUCCAUGCAAUAUUUGUAAAAUAUCAAAUUUUGGUAUAAAUUUGUGGUUUAUUUUGUAUAUAUUUAUUUUCUUACAAAUAUAUUUGUUUUAUUACAAACCACCGAAUUAAAAUCCUUGACGAUAAAACAUAUCCAGAAUGGAUAACCAUUACACUCAAUUUCAGUUCAGUUCAGUUCAAGAAAUCAUCAAUAAAAUGAAAACACCAAAUCGACAGUCUUUUUCUUGCAACCUUAUAUUACUCAAUUUCCUACUGUCAUCACUUCCACUCAUCCAGUCCACCGCCGGCAGCGGCGGCGCCACCAGCGGCGGCGCCACCAGCAUCGCGUUUGCCACCCUGGGAAGAUCAAGCUACGGUUUCGACAUCUACGCUCUCCCUACUACUACUACCACCAUCGCCUCACCGGAAGAAAUCCGUCUGACCGAUGGAAAUUCCGUCAAUUACAACGGCUAUUUCCCGUCGUCGUCGUCUCUCUCCGUUUUCCCGCUCCUACCCGAUCAACCCGACCCGACGACCCACUUCAUUUACGUCACCGAACGAAAUGGGUCGUCGCAAAUCUACCUCGAUGCUUUAUACGGCACCCUUCCUCUCAAAACAGGAUCAAGAUCCAUGCUUGAAUCAUUUCCAUCUAAAUCAAACCAACUGCAGAUUCGUUUAGUGGGUGGCGAGCAGGAAAACGGGCGGGUUUCGAUGAAGGACAGACCGAGUUUAGUGGGUCGGAGCUUGAUUUACGUUUCCACACACGAAGACCCGGGUGAGCCACGGGCGAGUUGGGCUGCUGUUUUCUCGACUGAGUUAGCGACCGGGUUAACACGGAGGCUGACGCCGAGUGGGGUGGCGGAUUUCAGCCCCGCCGUGUCUCCGUCGGGAAUCUGGACGGCGGUAGCCUCGUACGGGGAAAAGGGUUGGGAUGGGGAUGUUGAAGAACUGGGUACGGAUAUUUAUGUGUUCUUGACCCGAGACGGUUCGAACCGGGUCAAAGUAAUCGAGCACGGCGGUUGGCCGAGCUGGGUCGAUGAUUCUACUCUGUAUUUCCACCGUAGAUGUGAAGAUGGGUGGUGGAGUAUCUUCAGGGCAUCGUUUAAUAAUAUCGGAGAGGGUGAACUCGGUUCCGACUCGGUUGUGACUCAGAGAGUCACACCACCGGGUCUACACGCGUUCACUCCAGCAGCUUCUAAUGCCAACAAGAGCUUUAUAGCUGUAGCCACGAGAAGACCCGAUUCGGACUUUCGCCACGUAGAGCUAUACGACGUCGACUCGAAAAACUUUGUCGAAUUGACCCGACCCAUCGCACCAAAUACCCACCAUUUCAACCCGUUUAUGUCGCCGGACUCUAAUUUGAUCGGGUACCACAAGUGUCGGGGUGGUGGCGGUGGUGGGGAGAGUAAUGAUUUACUACUCGAGAAAGUCCGAAGCCCAUUGCCGAAUGUUUCCUUAUUCCGAGUCGACGGGUCGUUCCCUUCGUACUCGCCCGACGGCGAGCGGAUCGCUUAUGUGAAAUUUCCGGGUCUCUACGUGAUGAAUAGUAACGGGUCGGAUAUCCGGGUCGUUUCCACCCGAACCGCCUUUUCAACUGCAUGGGAUUGGAAAAGAAAAGGAGUGGUGUACACAAGCGUGGGGCCCACAUUCGCUAGCGAGAGCACGAAAGUUGACAUCGUAUCAAUCAACGUGGACGACGAAGACCUAAGCCACAAAAAGCUAACCCUAGGAGGCGAAAAUAACGCAUUCCCCUCGCCCUCGCCCGACGGAAAACGGGUCGUCUUCAGAUCGGGUCGAACGGGUCACAAAAACUUGUACAUAAUGGACGCGUUGAACGGAGAAAAAGACGGGCUUUAUCAGUUGACCGAGGGUCCUUGGUCAGAUACAAUGCCUAAUUGGUCGCCCAAUGGCGAGUGGAUUGCGUUUGCAUCGGAUCGAGAGAAUCCGGGUUCGGGCGGGUUCGAAUUGUUCAAGAUCCACCCAAAUGGAACGGGGCUCCAAAAGGUGAUCCAAAGCGGGUCGGGCGGGCGGGUCAACCACCCGUGGUUUAGUCCGGAUGGGAAACACAUUGUAUUGACCUCCGAUUAUGCUGGAGUCUCUGCUGAACCAAUUUCGAAUCCGCACCAUUUUCAGCCCUACGGUGAUAUAUUCGUGAUAAAAUCGGACGGGUCGUGGAUCCGAAGACUGACCCACAACUCUUACGAAGACGGGACCCCAACUUGGAUCCCCAAAUCAAUGAAACCGGGUAAUGUCGAAUGGCCUAAUGGUGGAUUGAAGUGUUCGUUCGAUGAUUGCCAUUGGCUAAAUAUUAGCCCUAAUCAAGAAUCAUCGACAUCAUCUAUAAGGCAGUGUGGCUCAAAAUCUUGAUUGUAUAGAAAAUUACUCUUAUGUUUAUCAAUGCAAUAAAAAGCUCCCCCUUUGUUCAU